CCCCACCGACCGCCCACAACCAUCUUUUCCGAGAGAGCGCCCAGAACAUGGUGGAGCUGCUGGUGAACGCAGUGCCAGGGUAAGCGCCAACCAGAACCGGCUCUCACCGCCGUUCCCUUCAACGGGGAGGAGAACCGAGAGCGAACGGAAGAGCGCGCGACGCGACGCGACGCGACGCCACACAGCUGCGGCGCGUUCGCCUGGCAUGAGCCUGCCCAUGAGAAGAGCGCACUUGAACGGAGUUCUGGAGGAACGCUAAACGGACAAAGUAGGGAUUAAAGAGGCGGAUAACGCUGGAGCUUUGGCGUGAGACUUUAAGCAAAGGAGAGAGAGAGAGAGAGAGAGAGAGAGAGAGGGAGCUCUAUCUUUCUCUGAACUCCACAAGUGUUGAACUGCCAGCACGAUCAAACGACUCGAGGCCUGGGGGAGGAAAAAACACAACUUUCGUCUUCAUUUUGAACACUUUGCAGUGAAAUGAUUUGAAAUUACCUCUAAGUGAGUGGUUAGAAGGGAUUACACACAAACAAGGAUAUACUUUCCCUCAGCACACUUUGACUUGUCAGAGUGCCUCGAUGCCAUCAGUAUUUUCUUCUUCUUCUCUGAAGUUGAAAUCUUAAGUAUUACUCUUCUUCUGGAGUUACGGCAGACGCCAGCGUGAGCUCGGAGAGUUUAAAGCGCUUUGAAAGCUGGAAUAUUGACGGUUGACAUCCGGAGUGGUGUUCAGGAAAGGACGGGGCUCCUCCAUGGGAAUAGGCCGUCUCCUGACCCUCGACGGGGCAGGCAGUAACGGGAUCUGACUUGAGUUUUGACGGAAAAACACGGGCAGCUUUUACGUCUUACCGUCUCAGGCGUUUAUUUCCCCCCCCUCCCCCCUCAGUUUACGGAAUAUAAGGACGAUUCUCGCUUCCUCGUGAUGCCAGAACCUAAGGGAAUACAUCGUUAGAGAUUUUUGAAUCAAUUUUUUUGACCGUAUAAAGGGAACAGUGGCGCAUGUAAAAAAAAAAGAAAAAGUUUUCUCUCAGAAACUGGCGCCUUUUUUUAUAUACAGCUAAUACUCUUUCGACAAACGGCAACCGUUACUUUUGGUGUUUGCUGACUUAAAACUGACAUUACAUCAAAACCGAGUACAAGAAAUGUGUAAAAUCUGGCAUUUGGAAAUAUGAAAUAUAAACUUGUAUUACCUUUGCAUGUCAUUUGGAAAGGGAAAGUACAUUCAAACAUUGUCGAGCAUUGGAGAGGGUGUUUGAGGGACAGCGUUGACUGGAUUAAAAAAACUCAUUUAGAAGCGUUUCCUGCGUAAACUAACCACCCUAUUUUUUUUGUUUUGUUUUUUUAAAUUUUAUCGAUACGUACUUGCUCCUGUCAUGUUGAAUUCAAACGAUGUGCUCUGAAAAUCAGGAUCUAGCGGAUGACAGUGCCUCAGUCUCGUCCACGCGCACGGAUCAAAAGUACACACAUGCGCGUUCACGCGCCACUGAGCCAUAGAAUAUAAUGGAAUCUGAGUGCUGACGUAAUCCCAGCACGGAUAAGAAACUGCUCAAGAGUCCAAGACGUCCAUCCUCAUAGUGAAUGCACUUCUGGUUGGACUCUUUUCACAAACAGACUGUGCUUUUUGUACUCGCACCAAUCCAUGUCAAGUGCCGCUUCCUCUGUGCUGUCAGCAGUAGGUGAUAUGUGAAAAUUAAAAGUCAAUUGUUGUCUCCUCGCCAUGGCAUUGCCAGAGCAGCACCAGCCACUGCACAAGACGGAGGUGAGGUGCGAUAGCGAAGGAGGAGCGGUUACUGUGCGGAUAACCGACAGCCGUAAUCAACAGGUGGGUCCAGACCAAGAGGGCGAUCCACUCGACAUGGGCUCCUCCAAACCUUGCAAAUACAGUAUCUCGUCAAGCUGCAGCUCAGGGGAGUUGGGCGUUCCCAGGGCUAUGAUGACUCGCCUGAGCAGUCCGAGGAGAGUGCCGCCGCUGUUUGAGAGGUCUGCUGCGCAGUGCUGGGACCCCAAGUUCAACUCGUCCAUCCUGGAGGAGGCAUGCAGGGAGCGCUGCUUCCCGCAGAUGCAGAGGAGAUUCCGCUACAUCCUGUUUUACCUGGCCACCGCCGCGCUCCUGUGGGGGAUAUACUUUGGGGUCAAUGGCGCCAGGUGUGACCCUACAAACUUCCUGGUCCCCACGGCAGGGUUUCUUGUACUGUGCCUCCUCCUCCUCUGGUUUACGUUCUCAAGGCCGUAUGCGCGUUUCUACAACCACACGUCCUUUUUACUUACAGUGAUCCUGUUUGGGAUCACCUUGGCGCCUCAAACGCAAACUGCUCAGUUUGCCUAUUUUGAUGUCCAAAAAGCAGGCAAUCAGUCACUACUACCUACGUCUCAUAAUGCUCCAUGUAUAUCACCCGUUGGGACGUUCUCACUUUGUAUGGAGGUGCUGCUUUUGCUGUACAGUGUGUUGCAUUUGCCCCUGUAUGUGUCAGUGCUUCUCGGUCUGCUGUAUUCUGUCCUCUAUGAGGCUUUAGGCUGGCUGCACAUUGCUCAGAUGGACGGUAGCCACGUAGGGUCGGAAAAGUCGGAUUUGAGCUGGCUUGGCCCGGGUAAAGUCCUGCUUCACCUGUGCGCGCAUAUCAUUGGCAUUCAGAUAUUCAUCAUGUCCGAAGUGCGCUCUCGGAGUACCUUUCUCAAGGUAGGUCAAGCGAUCAUGCACGGGAAGGACCUGGAGGUGGAGAAGGCGCUGAAGGAGCGGAUGAUCCACUCUGUGAUGCCACGGCUGGUGGCCGACGAGCUCAUGAAGCAAGGAGAUGAGGAAAGCGAGAGCUCUGGGAAACGAUACAGCGCAGGUACCUGCUCCGUCGCCGCCGCAUCCGCCGUGACCUCUUCCAGUCCCAAAAGCAACAAGCGUAAGAAGAACUCUAUCCCUCGCGGGCAAAUCAUUUUCAGGCCCUUCAACAUGAAGCGCAUGGAGCGGGUGAGCAUCCUCUUUGCAGACAUUGUGGGAUUCACCAAAAUGAGUGCCAACAAGUCCGCCCCUGCACUGGUAGGACUGCUAAACGACCUCUUCGGCCGCUUUGACCGUCUGUGUGAGUUGACCCGCUGUGAGAAGAUCAGCACUCUUGGGGAUUGCUACUAUUGUGUGGCGGGCUGCCCUGAGCCGCGCCCCGAUCACGCGUACUGCUGUGUGGAAAUGGGGCUCGGGAUGAUCCAGGCCAUCGAGCAGUUCUGCCAGGAGAUGUCGGAGACCGUGGACAUGCGUGUCGGCGUGCACACCGGCACCGUGCUCUGCGGUAUUCUGGGAAUGAAACGCUUUAAGUUUGACGUUUGGUCCAAUGAUGUCAACUUGGCCAAUCUCAUGGAGCAGCUGGGUGUGGCGGGAAAGGUGCACUUGUCGGAGGUCACAGCAGGUUUUUUGGAUGACCGUUACGAGAGGGAGGACGGGCGAGUGAUGGAACGUGUUGGGCACAGUGUUACUGAUCAGCUGAAAGGUUUAAAGACGUAUCUGAUCUCAGGACGGAAGAUGGGCUCUCAGUGUGGCUGUUCCCAGCUCAGUUUGAGUCUGUCCUCAAACACACACACUCCAGAUCUCACACACUGCGCCAUCGCUGAACCACUCUCACACGGCAAGCCUGUGUGCACAUCCUGUAGCCUCUCCGUAGAUGUCAUUGACAAUCCGAUAGCAGAUGAAGCAACUCGAAAUGGCUGCCAGGAUGAACACCGAGCCAACAGCAGCAAGUUUCCUGGAGGUCGUAGCCCUAAAACCCUGAACGGUCUGUUGAGUCCUCUGUGUGAGGAGCGGGUGCGAGUCAGCCAGUCGUCUCUGUGUGACAAACUCCAGGAGAAGGACAGGAGCUGGGUGGGAAGUCUGGCCGCAGAAGGAGGCAGCGCCAGCGGCAUGGACCACUCAGCCAUCCUCCCGCUGCGCUCCAAAAACUUUCGGGAGAAAAGCGACGUGCACUUUGUGGAGGUGAUAAAGGAAGACAGUCUGAUGAAGGAUUACUUCUUCAAGCCGCCCAUUAACAAGCUGAGUCUGAACUUCCUGGAAAAACCUCUGGAGUCAGCUUACCGCACCAGCUACCAUGAGCAGGUGGUGAAUCAGGUGCCGGUGCAGACGUUUGCCAGUCCAGUUUUCAGCUCGCUGCUCGAUGUUUUGCUGUCUUGUGCCGUUUUUCUCGCCCUGACCAUUGCCUGCUUCCUGUAUCCCCUCGUUACCAUGAAGACGCCCCUGGCAACCACACUCGGUCUGGCAAUCACAGCCGCUCUGCUGGAACUGGUCUCUCUCGUUCUGUCCAUUCGUAUGGUGUUUUGUCUGGAUGAUGUACAGAAUUGCACUCGGUCUCUGUUGAAGCUGGUGUCUGGCUGGCUCCCGCGUCAUGUGAUCGGGGCUGUGCUCGUCUCACUUCCUGCUGUGUCCAUCUUCUCCCACCUGGCUUACAGUGUGCAGCUGCCCAUCCAGGUGACCAUGUUCCUGUGCUGUGCUCUCAUUAUUGCUAUUAUCCAGUACUGUAACUUCUGCCAGCUGAGUUUCUGGAUGCGCUCUGCUCUGGCCACUGUAGCUGGUUUGUCUUUACUCAUCCUGCUCUACAGUGCCACCACCAGGCCCAGUGCCACUGACAGAUUUCCAGCAUCAGGGAACAUGAGUAACCAGAGUGCCGAAGUCGAUCAGACAAGUGAGUUGGACUCUGCGCCCAUAGCGCUUGACCUGCUCGUCCUAGAGACCGUGCUCUCCUUCUUCCUCUUGCUGAUGCUGAUUUGGUUCCUCAACCGAGAAUUCGAGGUCAGCUACCGUCUGCAUUACCACGGAAAUGUGGAAGCUGAUAAACAUCGCAUCAAGAUCCAGACCAUGCGAGAUCAAGCGGACUGGCUGCUGCGUAACAUCAUCCCCAUCCAUGUUGCCGAGCAGCUAAAGGUCAACCAGAGUUACUCUAAAAAUCACGACAAUGUCGGGGUCAUCUUUGCAAGUAUUGUCAACUUCAGCGAAUUCUACGAAGAGAGCUACGAGGGUGGGAAAGAGUGCUACCGAGUACUUAACGAACUCAUCGGAGACUUCGACGAACUGUUGCGCAAGCCUGCAUUCUCAAAUGUAGAGAAGAUUAAAACCAUUGGCGCCACCUACAUGGCGGCGUCUGGAUUAAAUGGGCAGCAGUGCCAAGAACAGCCACAUCCGCACGCCCACCUACGUGCCCUCUUUGACUUCGCCCUUGAAAUGAUGCACGUGGUGGACGAUUUUAACAAGAACAUGUUGGGUUUCAAGUUCAAGCUGAGAAUUGGCUUCAACCACGGGCCCCUGACUGCUGGUGUCAUCGGCACUACCAAGCUGCUUUACGACAUAUGGGGCGACACGGUCAACAUCGCUAGCCGCAUGGACAGCACGGGAGUGGAAUGCCGCAUACAGGUUAGCGAAGAGAGCCACUGUGUGCUCAGCAGAAUGAACUAUGCCUUCGAUUAUCGUGGCACUGUAAACGUGAAAGGGAAAGGGCAGAUGAGGACUUACUUGUAUCCCCAAAUGAACGAAGGCAGAUCGGAGUCCACACAAAGCCUGGAACAAGGCCAGGUGGAUGGUGCCGUUGGGCAUUUAGAGCCCAACACACUUGCCAAUACAACAACAACAACAACAUCUGCUGUACCACUAAACCCUCCCUUCACUUCUCCCAAUGUUGCCUCUAUCAGUGGCCACGGUGUGCCUCAGGGCCGUGUAUUAGGCCCGUCUCAGAUUACAAAGGAGUUGCACCAAGACACUAAGGACAAUUCUCCUGUUCCAGAGCUCAAAGAAAAGGAUUACGAGAGUCCUUAUCAAGCACCAUCGCUAAGUGGUACACAACCUCCCUCAAUAACACAACUGUAUGCGCCGUUAGCCAGACCAGAGACACCUUUACAAGGAGAGGAAGAUGAAGAUGUAGAUGAGCGUACAAAGCUCAGGGCAGUGGAGUGAUUCAGAUUGCCUCCUCACCUCGACUGACCUUCUUCAAGAGCCAAUCCGCAGAUAAUUUUCAGGCUCUACUUUCUUCAAGGGGCUUUUCCGACCACAACUGUUGGAGUUCCAAUGAGUAGCAUUAGCCUGUAUAGGGCAUAUGUGUUGAUAACGUGACCUAAAUAGAAAAAUGGAUGCGCUAAGCAUCUGCUGUGUGGAUCACAGUGUAGCACAGAGGGGGAAAUGGAUGGAGUUCAUAUUUUUGAUGUUCUCUAAUUUGUUUUUUGUUUAUAAAGUGCCUUCACAAUAUGUAAGAUCAGUCAAAUGAACAAAUGAAAGAGAUGUUUGAACAAAUAUAUCAGCAUGGCUUUUUGAAAAGACGUGAACAGUGAAAAAUGCUGUUUUUAUUCGUAAUGUAUUCCACCUCUAAUGCCGUAUUAUUUUGUUCAUUUAUUUCAGUAUUUUCUAUUCCUCUCUUUUAGAAAAAAAUGGUCGAAAACGAGCCAAUUGCUAAUUAGAAUCAGGAUUACAGGCUAAUAUUUUAAAGUUAUUAUAAUGAAUAUACAGUCAGUGUAUUAGGUCCUCCGCUCUACUACGUAGGCGGUCACCUAUAUCUCAUUAAAAUAAAACCAAGGAAGACAAGGAUAGAUAAAGAUGGGCUUCCGGCACUUCUUUCCACAAUGCCCAUAUUAAUAUCCAGUAUAUCUGGCAGCAAACAAUGUAGCUUUUAUCAAAGGGAGGUAAAAGUGGCUCACGCAAAAUAGCAACUCAUGAAAUGUGGAAAAAACAGCACAAUUAGCCUUAUUUGUUUGAAUCGCAAUGAAGAAAGAUAGCAGAAACCAUGCUGUGCGCUCUCGCCCCUUCAUUAGAGGACACAAGGACCGGUGAUUGUAAUGCAUUCGGAAAUUCAGAGUAUAAUGUUUGUUGAAAACAUGCUGUGUUUGGAGGUUCAGUGCAUUAUUAUUUUUUUGCAUACAAUUAAGUCCCACAAUUUAACGUUUCUCAUUGCCUGAGGGAACAUCCUACAGGAUUCAAAAUUAAAUUAAUAAGUCAAAUUUUUCAGCAUGGCACUUACAGUAUUUAAGGAUCUUAACACAGCAGAACGAGCGCCACUGUGUUUUUCCCUAAAUAUAUCCAGUAAACUCCAGCAAACGAAGCCUUCAAUGAAGUGUUCAGUUGAACAGAUUUUGUAGCUGAAUUGUUUAUCAGUGCAUUUGAAUUCAUUUCAUUCAGUGCCUCGAAUCAGUUGUUUUUCACUGUGAUCAUGCCAGCAGAGCCUGAGUUGGUAUCGCCAAUUCGCAAUGGUUUUUAUUGAUCACUGUGCACUUGUGAUACCAGUUCACUCCAUGGCCUUGAGGAAGAAGGUUCUUUGUGCUGCCAUAGUUGGCGAGCGGCUUGCAAUUUUGUUAUAUGUUUAUUUCUGCCUACUUUUUUAGAAUAUCUGAUAGCUUUUUUUAUUUGAGUGUCUCAAUUCUGUUGAGAUUUUGACAGCAGCUCUUCAAAUUAUUAUUAUUUUUUUCGACAGUUGUUCCGAGAUCUGAUUUUCUUUUGCUUUUCUUUACCUGAUUUUUUUGGGCUCUGAUGCAUUCAGAACACUAGAGAAUAGUUUGCAGUAUCUCUUGCGAUGCGUCUUACAUUUCAAUCAUCAAUCAAGCAAAGCAUUUUUAUUUUCUCAAGCAAGUCCUUUAUUAGGAUCUGUAUCUUCUGCCAUCAUGUAUAAUGGAUAAGCUUGACUCUGAGAUUUGAAGAGGACAGAUUUCUUUCUUUAUUUCUGUUUACAGAACAAUCACUAGUUUGUUCUCAAAAAUGGGAAAAAAUCCAGUGCCUUUUUGUUCACUCUUCUCCCCCUCAAUUGUAACACCAGGUUGCUUCAGAGUCAAAAUAUCAGGGUGUCUUUUGACGCCGCAGCUUUCAGAACACCUGCAAUAUUAUGUUAUUGUAUCAUAUUACUAUUUCCUCUUUGAUGUGAAUUAUAAUUCCAGCCUUUAAAAAAAAAAUAAUAAUAAUAAUAAUUACACUGUGUAUCUUUAAAUGGAACUUUUCGGGAUGGAAAAGGGAUUUGAUUUCGCUGUUAAUUGUUUUAUGGUGCACUGCUUUCCAGCCAACACAUUCACCUUUGAGUUAUUGUAUCACUCCAUUGGCUAAAGAAGCCCAGUGCUGACAGUAUUGAAUUAUAAUUAAUUGUGCAUAAUGUAUGUGGUUUUGUAUUAAAUGCAUUUGUAUUUAUUGGGGCUGUGCAUGAAUCAGUGUGCAGCCACAGAGCCUGUUAUCAAAAGGGCAUAUUUAUGAAAGGGAGCCACUUAAAGCGAGGAGAAAUGGGGUUUUGUACCCAGUUUCACCUAACGUAACAAGCACCUAAGGCCUAACUCUUGACAAGUGCCUCAGAUUCAAUUCUACUAAAGUUUUACGAUAUUUUAAAUGAACUAAAAUGGAAAAGUGUGAAUUUAAUGUUGUUCUAUGUGCGAUUGUUCCCAUUUUUUUUUUUUCACCACUGCCCACAUUCUUGUAGGUUUUCUGCAUUUUAGUUUUAAAAAUCAAGGAUUGAUUUCAGUUUGGAGACUCGUAUGUUUUUUAUUUUCAAUUAGUUUGCCAUUGUCACAUGACUUUCACUGCUUCACAAUUUUGUUUUGUAUAGAAUUGAACAGAUCUUAAUUGUUUAAGAGACGUAUAUUUGAGUGCAAAUCUAAAACCAGUUUGUUUUGGUGCUCAAGUGUGUUAAAAAUGUGCCCUUAAAUAUUCACAUGCUUUUAUUAACUGUGUAUUAAUUAUUUUUGUGCCAUUUAUGGGAAUGUGUAAACCAAAGAAUUUUAAUAGUGUGGGCAGAAGCUGCAAGACAGAGCUGUGGAAUGUGGGCAAGAUAUUGUUGGUGAUUUUAUUAUUUUUUAUUUGUAUUUUUAUUUUCCAGUAGCACAUGUUCUUCAAUAAUUUGUUCUUAUGCACAUGAGACACAGCGGGUAUUGAUUUAUUAGCCGUUAUAUUCAGGCAAAAAGCAUAAUCUGUAUACAUUUGCACAGUGCACUCACUUUGUAUGUACAUAUCAUGUAUUGUUUUAUUUGAUUUUUAUGUUUCAAAAUUGAUAAUACAUGUGCAUGUGCCAGAUUUCGAGAGUAGAGAAACAAUGAAAAGAUACCAGAA